AUGUCCCCUACUGCUAGUUCUUCGGAGCUCGCCGUCUCUUCUUCCCAGAUGGCUUCUACUAAUGAGGAUGGUACACCCGGCGCAACACACGACACUCAGUGCCCUCCCACGCCUGCUCGACACGGGAUCCCUGUUUCUGUACCUACUCCUACUUCUGAAGCACAAUCUGAUGAAUCGACCCUGAUGAAAGAUCGGGAUUCCUGUCGUCUCACUUCACCCAGUCCACACGGGAACGUCAACUUAGUGCCUGAUGUUUCGUCUGCUCAAGAUGCAUCCAAAUUAGCACAGACAUCCCCGAAAGAACGAACACCGCCGAACUCUUCCGAUUCGGAACUUUGUUCUCCAUCCACCUUGCCUCAUGUUCAACAGAAUGUGGAAUCUCAGGUCGUUGUUCAGCCCGCGUCACAGUCGUCCAAAACGUCCCCCCACUCCUCGUCUUUGCUAUCUAAUGGGACCUCUCAAACGGAUAACGCGGAACUGCAAGCCUCACUCGAACGACUCGGAGUGUCGAAUAAUCAAAUGAAACGAUUAACAACCGUACAGGUUAGCACAGCAGCUGUUACAUCAGUAACGGUGACCCGAUCCACUCAUCCACGCCCGUCCACCUUGAGAACCGCUGGAGUCCCCUCAUCUACUCAGGCUAGUCUCUCCAAGUUGGUGCAUACCGCUACUUCAGCCCUUCGGGUACCACCACCGCUGCUCCAUCAUGGACCGGAUGAUAGACGUAUCCUGACACAUUACAUUGAUGGACACGUGAAGCAUGGAAUGUCUGUGGUUGAGGCCGCAUUGUUGCAUCAGUGCAUCAAAGAAGAAGAAGAGCAACAACACAGUUAUUUUUCGAAAGAUGUACCGAAUACUGUCGUCAGCAGAGUUCCUCGAUCGCAUCGGUCCUCAUCUUCGUCUUCCGGUGCCGCGCCUGAUGCACCAUCAUCUCAACCAGAAAUGAACGGGGAUCAGCGUAUGCAAAUUGACGUGCACACUGCUACAGACAAAUCGAAGGAGACGAUCGAUACGUCGUAUCCCACUCAACCAGCAUCGAAACGUCCCAAUUUCGCCCCACACUCAGAGCAACAGUCCACUCAAUGCGUAACUACUUCUGUGUCUCAUAAUGGUUACCCUGUUCAACAGGCAGUAUACGGAUCGAAGGACAAUGGCAAGUCACCUAAUCCACCUUAUCUAUCGCUUGUUAAUAUUUGA